GUUGUUUUACUUUCUCCGUCUUCUAUCUGGUUUACAUCUUUAAAAUGCAAUACGGAAAACUGCCACAAGCACAGUUGGAGAACCUGAGAAAAGUGCAGUUUCACACAUUCAGAUGAGAGCCAGUGGCAGUGCUCAAUCUCACCAUUUCAUCGCAGACAGAUGAUACUACAGUGCAAGAGCGUUCAGAGUAUUCUGUGCUCGCUGAGUGGGAGGGUCACACUGUGUGAGACUAAUAAGGACAGAGCUGCAUCCCCCUCUACCACUCUUUGGAGACUCACUCCAGCAACUCCUCGGCACUACGGCAGCUCUGUACAGGCAUUUUCAGUGCUUCUGGGGGACACGCUAAAAUAAAAAUUAAAAGAUUUGUAGCUGAUUGUUCACAUGUGUCCAGGGGGAGAUGAUGUACAUUGGAUCCUGCAUAGUUCGGCUUUGUAUGGCAGUCUUCCUCCUCCUUCCUGUUUCUACUUCUGUGGCUGUCAGUGACCAGACAGGUGCUGUGUGUCCUUUAAUGAAAACAGUUGUCCAUCAUCUCAAACAAAUCAACAGAGACAGUCUUGGUGUUUCAGGGUUUGAUCUGGCAGAAAGCUUUUCUUUGAGGCAAACGUCUUGUGGAGGGGAAAAAAUCUGUUUUAAACUGGGAAGCACACCUCUCGUCAGAGAGACAAAGCAAGUAUUUCCAAAUGGGCUUCCUGAAGAAUACUCUCUAGUUGCUACGUUCCGUGUACGGCGAAAUACCAAGAAAGAGCGUUGGUAUAUAUGGCAAGUUUUAAAUCAGUAUGACACACCUGAGAUCUCUGUCCUUCUGGAUGGUACAAAAAAGGUUGUGGAGUAUAUGACCAAAUCUGCUCAGGGAAAUAUACUGCACUACACUUUUAAGAGUCGAGAAAUUUAUUCCUUGUUUGAUCGGCAGUGGCAUAAGCUUGGUAUUAGUGUGCAGUCGGGGAUCAUUUCCCUCUAUUUGGAUUGUAAUUUAAUUGAGAGAAAGCAGACUGAUGAAAAAUUCACCAUUGACUUGCAGGGAAGGACUCUGAUUGCUUCUCGUGCUGCAGAUGAUAAGCCUGUAGAUAUUGAACUUCACCGCAUAACAGUUUAUUGUAAUCCAAAACUUGCAACGGAAGAUAGGUGUUGUGAAAUAUCUGCAGACCUGUGCCCACGUGAGGAGAGGUUACUUGCUACAACUUCAUCACCAGUGACUGUUCAUGCCAGCAAAAUAUACACGCUUCCAGGAAUGCAGCAAGAAUCUAGAGAGAGAUGCCACUGCUUUCCAAAUAAAGGAGAAGCAGGAUUGCCAGGAGUAGCUGGUUUGCCAGGCCAGAAAGGAGUUAAAGGUGAAAAGGGUGAAAUGGGCGUGAAAGGACAGGAUGGCAUUCCUGGUACUCCUGGCGAAAAGGGGGAAGUUGGCUUAGUAGGUGCUCCUGGCAUACCUGGUCUUACUGGUUCCAAGGGUGAACGUGGCUUUGCGGGUAGUAAAGGUGAAGAAGGUGAAAAGGGUGAAAAAGGAGAUAAAGGAGAACGAGGACCAGAAGGUGUUCCUGGAAGAGAGGGACUAAAAGGUGACCCUGGUAGUCCUGGUGUGGCUGGUCCUAAAGGAGAAAAGGGAGAUGCAGGACCUCUGGGACCAGCUGCCUUGAGCGGUUUGCCAGGGCUGGAGGGUCCCCAAGGUCCACCUGGCAAAGAAGGUCAAAGGGGAAGACGAGGCAAACCAGGCCUCCCAGGAAAACCGGGGCCACCAGGACCUCCUGGUCCUUCUGGACUAAAAGGAAUUCUGGAUUCAUUGAACAAGCAUUACAAUGAGAGUGAUGCAAGACUACUAGGAUUACUUGGGACCCCUGGACCUAAAGGCCAGAAGGGAGAUGUUGGUCAAAAAGGAGAAUUGGGAAUGACCGGCACAAAAGGAGAAAAGGGAGAGCCUUCUGAAAAAGGGGACAAGGGAGAUCCAGGAGAAACUGGAAUGGAGGGAUCAAAAGGAAAUAAGGGUGAAACAGGAGACCCUGGACCACCUGGUCUUACUGGAAAUCCAGGAUCAAAGGGACUGCCAGGACCUCCAGGACCUGUCGGACCCAGGGGACUGCCAGGAGAAGUUGGCUUACCAGGAGAGCAUGGGGUACCAGGAAACCCAGGAGUAAAAGGAGACAAGGGGGACCCUGGUGGGAUUAUGGGACCACCUGGACAUCCAGGUCCAAAAGGUGAUGUGGGGCCUCCUGGACCAAGUCUGCCUGGAAGACCAGGUCCCACUGGUAUUCCUGGAAACCCCGGUCCACGUGGGCCAAAGGGAGAAAGAGGACUACCUGGUGUACAAGGAGCACCUGGGGAGAUGGGGCCCCCGGGAAUAGGCAUUCAGGGAUCACCAGGUCCAGUAGGUCCAACUGGGUCCACAGGUGUGCAGGGCCCUAGGGGACCCCCAGGAUUACCAGGAACUCCAGGUACCCCUGGUAUUAAUGGCACUCCAGGAAGAGAUGGAAAACCAGGACUACCAGGCCCUCCAGGUGAUCCUAUUGCACUGCCACUUGUGGGAGAUAUGGGUGCUGUACUGAAGGGUGAUCCUGGCACAAGAGGUCCUCCAGGCAUCCCUGGUAGAGAAGGGCCAAAGGGAAGCAAAGGUGAACGUGGAUUUCCUGGGCUUACUGGAGAAAAGGGCGAUGAGGGCCUCCGAGGUGCUCCUGGACUGCCAGGCGUACCAGGACCCAGUGGACCGUCUGUAAUCACAGGAAGACCUGGACAUCCUGGUCCAGCAGGGUCAAAAGGCGAAAAGGGUAGUGAAGGUUCUCCUGGGAAACCUGGACCACCUGGGCCUCCGGGUAUGCCUUACAAUGAAAGAAAUGGAAUGAGCAGCUUAUAUAAACUCCAGGGAGGUGUGAGUGUCGCUAGUUAUCCAGGUCCACCAGGACCUCCAGGUCCAAAAGGAGAUCCUGGCACAGUGGGAGACCCAGGACCGAUGGGAUUACCAGGACUGGAAGGACUCCCAGGGGAAAAGGGUGACCGUGGACCAGCUGGCACGCCAGGAGUAGCAGGGACACCGGGAAAGCCAGGAUCUCCAGGGUCCCCAGGGAUGCCAGGGGAACCUGGUGAAAGAGGACCUAUAGGAGAUAUAGGCUUCCCGGGGCCAGAAGGGCCACAAGGAAAACCAGGAAUCAAUGGAAAAGAUGGAUUGCCAGGUCCUCCGGGUGCUGUGGGGAGACCAGGAGACAGAGGACCCAAAGGAGAACGUGGAGACCAGGGUAUUCCAGGGGACAAAGGUCCACAAGGCGAACGAGGGAAACCUGGCCCAUCAGGAGAAAAGGGGGAUGUGGGUCCUAUUGGGCCACCAGGAGACAGAGGCUAUCCAGGAUCACCAGGUCAUCAAGGUCCCCCGGGUUCACCAGGACCCCCAGGGUUUCCAGCUGAUACAGUUUCACUUGAAGAAAUAAAAAAUUAUAUCAAACAAGAGGUUCUUAAGCUUUUUGAAGAAAGGAUGGCUCAGUUUGUGUCCCAGCUGAAGCUGCCUGCUGCAAUGCUUGCCUCCCAAGCUCAUGGAAAACCAGGGCCCCCAGGAAAAGAUGGGUUACCAGGGCCACCAGGAAAGGAUGGUUUGCCAGGGCCACCAGGAGAACGUGGAAUUCAAGUUUGGUCUGCUCUGGAGUCAGAGCAAGUCAGACUGGAAUGAAGAACAUGAGAGCAAAGCUGAAGAUGUGUGGAUCCUAAAGCUAUCAGAAGAAUAAAGACUUACUAACAUUGAUAAGCGCAAACCCCUGACAGAAGCUUGAAAAAUGUGAUGAGCUCAGAAUGAGAAGAACAAGAAAAAAGGAUCAAGGAAAACAAUAAAAGGCUUAGAAUCUUACAACACUGACUUCAUCAUUACCUAAAUAUUCAGAUCACUGUAAACAACUUCAAUGUCAGUGCCAGAUUGUUCAAUGAUGCUGUAUGUGGUGGAUAGUCUCAGACGCUUCUGGGAAGUGGAACGUUGUCCUAGGCUUCAUUUCCAGCUAGUGAGCAUCAAGAGUAAAGAUGAUAGCUAUGCUUGAAAAUAAUAAAAAAAAAACCUAAAAAAAAGAAAAAGCUGCUUUUUCAUGCCUUAUGCUUAACUAAAAGUAGUGCCCCAUGUAUGCAGGAUUUCCAUUUAUUUUACUGAUAUGCUCAAUACUUCUUUUUGAUUAGGAAAAGGUAAGCUAAGUGAGAAACAUUUACUUUUCUGAUACAUCAAAAGAUAUAUGAAAUCAUACUUCCAAGGAAAGAAAACCAAAAAUUUGUCUUGCCUCCUUUUUACACUCUGAGUAAGAGAUAGUCCCAUGAGAGACGCACACUUACAAAUACCCUUCACGCCUUUCCCAGUUGUGCCUGCACAUGUUAUUGUUUCGUGCCGACAGUAAAAAGAAAUUCAAAUCUCUGAGCGGAUUGAAAAGUAUCCUUCCAUAUUCCAGCUUAUUUUCAGCCAUAAAAGACAUAGCAGACAAGAAUUCUUGGAGAAGCACGUUACGUGCACGUGUGGCUGAGACCAUCAAGGUAGCAUGCUGUGUGCACGUACGCCCAAGUCAUAAUACGCGUUCGGUGUUGACUGACAGAUAUCCCUUAUUAUAUUUCUCACUCGGGUGUAGCCCAAAUUGCCAACUCCAGGGUUUUGCCGUGUGCGGUAAUACGCAUCUGGGCUGGCAGAGUGAAACAUUCACUUGUCCCGUACAGCCAGCGAAAAGAAGUAGAUAUUUUUGGAGGGCAAUUAACGGGACCUCUACAAACGCCUCCAGAGCCUGUUUGUGAUGCCGCACACUGAGCAGCGAUCUUGCUGGAGCCGGCCAGCGGGAAAGGCAGGCGUCACUCUAAGUCCGGGAAGGUGCUUAACUUCACCCGCGGCUUCGCAGGGGUCCCUCCGGACACCUUCAGUGGGGUGCCAGUUCCCCCGGGAACUGCGCUGGUAUGACCUGGCCGGAUUCCACCAGAGCCUCCUUCUGCGCAGCAAACCGAUAGGUAGAGGUUAGUCCCAGAAGCCGAAAACAUAGAUACUAACUUUUGGAAGUGUAGGCAUGGUCUUCAAAAAGUGUAUUUAAGGAAUUGCUAGACUCUUGGGCGUAGAGUCAUUCAUUCCUAAUGAAGUCCAGAACUGCUACCUGCUGGCCUUCAGCAAGGUUGUUCAUAGUGUACCGCAGGUACUUCCCAGUGGUUCAGGUACAAAUAAUUUUGAUUUUAUAGAAUGGUCUCAAUAAAAAUAUAGCAUGCAAACAAAAAACAACAAAGAAUUGCAACUUAAAUUAUGAAACAUGCAAUUGGUAUUUAAACAGACUUUAUAUAAUAGCGAUUGGAAGAUUUUUUUAAUAUAUAUACAUUUCUUCAUGUAAAAAGAAAAUAACCUAUGGCAUAUGCAUCAGCAAGCUGAUACUGUGAGGCAGUGUUACCAAUGAAAUGUACAGCAUCAGCUUGAGGGGGAGCAGAGGAACUUGUUUACUCUCUAUGUGUUUUAAAGGAUGCUAAUGUCUCGUAGAGAAAGAGGAAGUUUAUUUCAAGACUUUAUAGACAGGCUAUAGCAAUGUCAUCCUUUUGCAAACAGUCUUUUGUCAUGUGUUAGAGGAGCUAGAUCAAUUAACUCCACUGACCUAACUGGAUUUUUAAAACUAUAAUAAUAAGUGAAUUUUGGUCCGUUAGACCAAAUGCACCUUGGGAUAAUUUUGCAAUCCAGAGAUCUUUUAUGUUAGUAUGAUUGGGUUUUUUUCUCAGUAGAGAAAAGUGGAUUUCAUCUUAGUUUAACUUCACUGUUUCCAUCAAAUUAAGGAAACGGGUUUUUUAUAGGUCCUCAUAACUCACGGUAGCCUCAAGGAAUCAAACAUCACAGCUCAGGAAAGACAAAUACCAUGUGAUGAAUAGUGAAAGUUCCUUAUCUUUAUUGCUAAUCUCUGUUGUAAAAUUUGUGUGUCUCACUAUAAUUAUUAAUUUGUGUGAUGGGAGCAUGUAGAAACCUUGGCUGACAUCAGGAACCCGUUAUAGUGGAUGUUGUCCAGAGACAGUCACUCUUCUGAAUAGCUGCACUGGUUUCAAGCGUUACGUCCUGUGAAAUGUUCUUUGCUGUGGAGGGUGAAGUUAACCUAUUUUACUUUGGUUUCAAACACAGCUACUACCUCUCAGCUGAGAGGGCUGUAACACACAGAAGGAAUUCAGAAUAUGCACUGGAGGCUGGAUGAGAGGGCUCACUCUUAGCACCCUUCCUGUUGCUUUGCAGUUGUCUGCUUUUAAGAACGCAGAGUAUUUGCACAGUAAAACACAGUGGAUACUUCGGUGUCAUUGUUCCCUGUCGUGGUAAUGUGUUUGCCUCUUAUUUUGUAUUAAAGAACCUCAGAUUUCUCUAGAUACUUGACGCGCUAGUUUCAGGUGCUGCAUUAUCCAUGCGGAUGGAAGAGGGUCUCUGUGAUAUAGGCGGAAUAAGUUUUGGAGCUGUUUAAAUGAGAGAAUUUUUUACCUCCAAGUUCAUAGACAUGAACUUGUGUCAUUUCCAAGUAGAGUUGAGGGUGUUGCAAUAGCGAUGCUUCUGGCUGUGAUGUUUGCGGAGAGAACCAAACUAAGAGCUGUAUUUUAUCUAUCGUCACUCAUCUGUGAGCAGAAGAAAGCUUAUCCGUUUGAACACGUACUUGCUACGUACAAGUGUGUACCGUACUGCCCACGUUGGGUACGUGUUUACAUACCACGACUUUUGGGUUGCAGAAAUCACAGCAAAAUUUCUGGAACCCGAGUGAAAGGCUUUGCUAAAGCUGUCGCCUUUUGAAUUAAGCAGGUACCUCUUACUGGAAUUCUAAUUCUACCAGUAAAAACAGACAGCAUCUUAUAUGUGCCUCUACGUUAAAAACAGUAAAUCAAAAUCCAAUUUAUGUGUAUUUUCCUUUGACUGUGUACGAGUUUGUCACUUUAAGCUCAGAGAGAAGGUGAUAUUAUCCUCUAGAAGUGUAAUCAUGGCCCUACUUCUGAGCAAAGUAUACCUCAUUGAAAAUCAAAUAUUUUCCUGCCAGAAUUACACAUUACAUUGUUUGGAUUGUUUACAUAUAGGCCUGUUUACUAAUACGCUUACACCCUAUUAAAUAAAGCCUUAUUUUUAGAAAAGGUAUCUGGGAAUUUUUGUAUUAAACUUUAGUGUCAAGAGAACUUACCUGGCACUGUGUACAACCUACACCUUUGCAUGUGUAUUCAGAUACAGCCAGUAAUGGUUUACACUACCCUGGAUCAUAUACUUGCAUUGGCAGGCUGCUCUUUGUCCUAUUGUGGGGGUUUUUUUUUCUUUAUUGUCUUGAAUUCCAGCGAAGUUGGAAUCUUUCAGUCUAUCUCAGUCCCUUUUCAAUUAUAAUGUCUCAGAUACCUACAGUAAUGGUUAUCAUGGAGAUUGUAAAUGUGAUAUAUCGUAAAGGUGAUUUCUCACUUUUCCCCAUAACGUAAAGAAAUGCAAAACAAAUGAUUAGCGGCAGCACUACUUUGUAAAAUUACAAUUAACUGGGUUUGUAGUGAGAAAUGUACUGUAACUGUCUAUUGUAAAUUAGGAACCAUAGAGGUAUAUGUAAAUAAAUAGGAAAUGUAUUAGAUCCUGUGGUUGUAUGAUUGAGCUUCUGAAACAGUAGCAACUACUAUGCGUUACAGAAGAUUUUCAGAGCAAACCAACUUGAUGUAGCUGUAAAUACUACUAUGGUCAUUAAAGAGCAAAAUCAAGAUUCACAACUGAGUACAAACA